GAUCAUUGCUUUGUUCGUGUCUCAAGCCUUGUUCUUUUUUUUAGUUCUAUGCUGCCACGUCAGCCAUUUUCUUUUGUUAGUUAAUAAACUAAUUUCUGUUCUCAACUUUAAGAUUAAGUCUGCCUGCAGUUUGGGUUCUACCACACCAAUCCUGACGCACUGUGAGGACAUACAGGUGAACUACCUGCUUCUUUAUUUCUCAGUCUGUUUUUUCCCAAUAAAAUGAAAGUCAUAUUUUUUCUGGUUACCAUCUCUGUGGCCUUUGCUGGGAGUCUGGCUGUUAAAAGUCUGGUAUUCCCCCYUGAGACCAGUACCAGUUAUGUGGUCCUGACCUCUCAGAAGCCUCUCAGUCUGACGGCGUUCACAUUGUGCAUGCGWGUGGCCACAGAGCUCAGAGGCGAAAGAGAAGUCAUCCUGUUUGCUUAUCGAACUCAGGAUGUUGAUGAGCUGAAUGUGUGGCGGGAACUGGAUGGCAGACUGUCCGUCUACCUGAGAGAAAGUGAAAAUGGAGUCUUCUUCCAGGUCCCUGGGCUCGGUGCCCUGCAGACCCACCUGUGUGUCACCUGGGACUCCAGUUCUGGUGCGACGGCCCUCUUCAUGAAUGGCAGGAAAAGUUUGACCAAAAUAUACCGGAUGGGUCACACCAUCCGCCCAGGCGGCACGGUUGUCCUCGGUCAGGAUCCAGAUUCUUUACUGGGUGGCUUCAAAGCGAAACAGAGUUUUGUUGGGGAGAUCUCCGACGUGGACAUGUGGGACUAUGUUCUGUCCAUCAGUCAGGUCCAAGACGUGUUCAAUGGGAAGAAGUUCCUGAGGGCAAAUGUCAUCGACUGGGAAAGCACACAACUUGAACCCAGCGGGGACGUGAAGAUCAUCGAAUAUGAGCUGUAAACUGUUCAAGCUCUGCUUUAUUUUUGGUCUAAUAAAAUAAAUAUAAAUAA